GAAUCUGAAGUUGAUGGUUUGGAGGUUUAUGAUUUCAGCCUUGACUACGAGCGUGACGAGGUGCAUGAGCUCUAUAAGCUGCUGGUUGCAUGCGCUUGCACCUUUCUCCUUAUGCUGCUUGGAUUACUAUGGGUCACAGCUCACCAUGGAUCUCAGUUGCAACAGCGUCUCCACCGCCUUCGAGUGGAUUUCAAUUUGAAGAAAGUCUUGCAGAUUUUGAAAAAUGGCUGGAGAAAAAACAAUGGAGAAGGAGGUGAAGAGGAACAAAGAGCAGAAGACCCUGUCGUCAAUCCUGAUAAGUGUGAGCCAUCGGAUGAACCAGAGUGCGAACGUGAUAGAUAUGCAAGGUAUCAGCAGAGCAGCCUUGAAGAAAUUUCCGAUGAUGAAUUCUGGAGGUACAUUCACCAUGGCAGACCCGAUGAUGAUGAGGAUGCCUCAGCCCAUCGAACAUACUCCGAUGCACAUAUGGAGUCGGUGAUGCGAGAGACCAAUGGUCUUCUCAAUGCUCGCAUUCGACGUCUCCGAGGAGAAUAUGAAAAUGCUGAGUUGUUGACUGACGUGAUGGCCAUGGACUCCAUCAGUGACCAGAUUCAUGAAGCUGCUCAUUUGCGUUGUAACAUCUAG